AUGGUUGUUAGCACUCCUGCAGACUUGGUAAACAUUCCUAAAAUCCACCAGACUUUCUUUAAGAAGUGUAGUAAGCGCCAAUCCCACAAAGUGACAAAUUACAAGAAGGGCAAAGAUUUUCUGUAUGCCCAGGGAAAGUGGUGUUAUAACAGGAAGCACAAUGGAUAUGGUGGGCAGACUAAGCCAAUUGUCUGUAAGAAAGCAAAAACUACAAAGAUUAUGUUCACUCUGGAAUGUGUUGAGCCAAACUGCAGAUCUAAGAGAAUGUUGGCUAUUAAGAGAUGCAAGCAUUUUGAACUCGGAGGCGAUAAGAAGAGAAAGGGCCAGGUGAUCCAGUUCUAA